AUGGACUUCUCGCAGCUCGAGGACGCGGACCCGUCGUGCGCGGACGGCUCGCGCGUCUUCUACGAGCGCGAGGUGCCCUUCGAACUUCGCAGCGUGGACGGACUCGAGACCCCGGAGGAGGUGGGCACGCUCGAGGCGGUGCGAGUGAAAAUCUGCGUGCAAGGCCCGGACGGCGCGUACACGAAUGUCAAGAUCGAGCUGUGCUCGGAGAGCAACUUGUUCUUCCACUACACGCACGACCUGGACACCGCGGCGUACGCGGCGUUGCAGGAGGGGCAGAGGCUCAUGGUGGAUUUCAAAGACUACCCCGCGGUGAUUCAGAGGAACCUGAACAACUGCAUCAAGCAACCGCACGCGUUCCUCGCGGUGCUCGUGAUGCAAAAGACCGGCGGCGCGAGGUUGGACUUCAUUCAAAACAUGGAGUACAAGUUCGUGGAGCUGCUGUCGAUCGACUUGGACUCCACGCCGGAGGAGGCGACGCGCGCGCACGUGACGUAUCGAUACAACGCGAUGAAAGGGCGACUCGCGCUGUGCCAGGCGAGGCUCGCGGACGUGAACGCGCUCGUGAAGAUCAAGAACCCGUCGCUUCUGUUGCAGCUGAAGAACGAGGAGCGGUCGCGGAAGGGGGUCCGGUCGCCGUGACGAGCGUCGCGUCGGUCGUCGGUGGUCGGGUCGGCGACGAGCGAGAGCGGAGGGAGAGAGAAGGGGGACGUGUACAGUGAGUACUAAGCGUGCGAGUCAGCCGUUCGCGAGCGCGAACGGCGGCGGCGAACGGAGCGAGCGCGGCGAGGCGCGGCGCGUGUAAAGAAUCAACUCAAUUGUU